ACAACCAGGUUUAUAAGAACCACAUGAAAAAGGCUGUCCAAAGACCAAGUCAGUCCCUAUCUGAGGCUGAGCAGCAGGACUUAGAGCGCUACAUUGAGGGAAUCAGUGAUAAGAACCAACCUGCCACAGCACUGGACAUCCAUGUCCUCACCCAAAGCGACUCCCUUCAAGGAAAAGGCAUCAGACUGAUUGUGGUUGACGAGCAUGAGAGCAAAUUGACAGAGGAUUAUUUUCCAGGGAAAGACAGCUCUGCCGAAGACAUCGUGAUCCGACUGAGGAGAUACCCGGACGCUCCACAGCAGACACAGGGGUUCUUCUCAAAGAUGAAGAAACAGGCUCGAGGUGAGCAGACCCCCCAAAGAGGACACUUUGAGCUGGUUGGAGCGGACGGCUCUGUGAUCCCGGUGUAUUCAGAGGGCCAGAACUGCCUGUAUCAUGCUGUGGUCCAGGCCACCCAGGGGAGCCCAUCAGACCUGAACCAGCAGGCGCUGGCCCUCCGAGCCCAGGUCCAACGCACUCUGCAGCAGGAUGUGCAACGAUACACACCAGCUCUGAGGUUGCAGAGGCAAUACGAGCAGACGCUGGCAGCCAGGAGUUGCUACACCAUUAGUGGAGGGGCGAAAAAAGAGCGAGAACAGAUGAUGGAGGCGUAUCAGCAGAUGCUGAACAGGAUCCGGAUCAACAACCCAGAGCUUUACCAGCUCAUGAAGACCUACAAGCUAGGACUGGUGGGGGCGUACCAAGAUGUAAUAGGUGUCCGGCGGGAAAGCGGAUCUCCCAACAACAACGGCGACCCUGUUAUGAAUGCAGACCACAUCCCACCCAGAGACUGCCUGCAAAAGGCCUAUGACAUUCUGCAGCAAAAAGGGAGGACAGAAGCCUUCAGGACCGAGCAUCCAGCCCUGUACAACAUAAUGGUGCAAAAAGACAAGCAGCUGUGCAGAGAGGUGCUGGCUCAACACCACCGGAUGGCCCUGACCACCGGCAACAGCAGGGAGGCUCGUAGCACCAGGGCUGAGCUGACCAAGGUCCUGCUAAGCGGAGACAGUGUGAAACUGAUGAAGAUGUCACUACUCCUGUCCAAUCCAGAGGUGUCAGAGUCUCUGAGAAGGGAUGCAGGAAUCAGCCGAAAGCAGGUCAUGGGGAAUGACCUGUCUGGAGAAGAGAUCCAGGUGUACCACGAAGUGGGAAACCGACUGCUGGUGGAUGGCUACUCAGCAUCAGGGCUGUUCACCAACAACCAGAGAGAGGAGCUGCAGGACUGGCUGGACAGGGGGCAGCUUUACUCUAAGGAGACAGCAGAGUACCAGCAGCUGCUGGCCGCCAUCGGAGACGCAAACAACAAAAAGCAGCCUAAAAAAAACAAUCUCUAACAGCAAAACCAGGCUCAGUGUGAGCGGCCAUCUGCCGAGGCCGACUGGGAUUCAAGG